GUUUCUAGGGUUACAGAAGCAGUGAUGCCAGCCGUAACAACAGAUGCAAAACGUCAGCAGGCGGCGAAGGCGAUGACCGCUGCGUCUUUUGACCCACCUCAGGGUAUCUUGACAGCCCUGGCUUCUUCCCAGUUUCCUCCCCUUCCUCUUAUUAAUCCCCCGCCAACUCCACCUCAGGGUAUCUUGCCACCCAUGGCGCCGACGAAUCACCGCCGUCCAAUCCCUUCUCCCGGCGCCGCGCGCCCCAUCUCCGCCCUUCUUCUCCUCCUUCCCCUGCUUCUCCUCACCCCUCGGUGCUCAGUCGCCCAGUCCUCCCCUUCCUCCGGCAUCAACAACAGCGACAACAACUCUUACUUCGACACGACGAAUUACAACGCUUCGAUGGCCAUCCUGAUUGUGGUGUUGAUCAGCGCGUUCUUCAUUUUGGGGUUUCUUUCGCUGUAUCUCCAAAGGUGCGGCGGCGGCGGCACGGAGUCGGUCCGCAUCUCCCUGCGCGGGCGCGGCGGCGGCGAGUGGCGAUCGUGGCGGCACCGGGGGCUGGACCCAGCGGUGCUGGAGACGUUCCCGACGCUGGUGUACUCGGAGGUGAAGGAGCUCAAGAUCGGGAAAGGGGCGCUGGAGUGCGCGGUUUGCCUCAGCGAGUUCGAGGACGACGAGACCCUCCGACUCCUCCCCAAAUGCAGCCACGUGUUCCACCCCGAUUGUAUCGACGCCUGGCUCGCCUCCCACGUCACCUGCCCUGUCUGCCGUACCAAUCUCGUCCCCGACCCCGACGCACCCCGGACCACCGCAGCCGAUCCACGACCGCCGGCGCCAGCCGCCGUGGAGGGGACGGAGGGUGACGGGGAGAGGGCGGCGGCGGCGCCGGCGGAGGAGGUGGUGAUCACGGUGGACGAGGAGGCGGCGGAGAUGGAGACGAGGGAGGAAGCGGCAGAGCUGGAGAGGAUCAGGAACCAGACGCGGGCGAUGCGGUCGAGGUCGGGGCGGCGGCCGGCGAGGUUCCCGAGAUCGCAUUCGACGGGGCACUCGAUGGUGCAGCCGGGGGAGAAUCUCGACCGGUUUACUCUCCGACUGCCGGAGCACAUUCUGUUGAAGAUCGUCGCCGCCGGGAAGCUCCACCGAUCGACGAGCUGCCUCGCGCUACCGACCGCCGGGGAAGGGAGCUCGCGGCGGGGAUACCGCGGUGGCGGAGGGGAUGGACUGGAGGGGAGUAGCCGCGGGGGGAGGUGGAUCCGGCCGGGGCGGUCGGGCGGGUGGCCGUCCUCGUUCUUCGUGAGGACGUUCUCGGCGAAGAUUCCGACAUGGAGGAAGGGGGAUGGAGAGGGUUCCGUGAAGAAGGGAGAUGGGGAGGGAUCCACGAGGGGGAAGCGCUCAGCCGUGGCGGCUUUCGACUGCCUCGGCGGCGGCGGGAAGGCCGAAUGCGUCGCCGACGAGGGCGAAUCGUCCAGCGCCGCAAUGGCCCGGCGGGUUUGACCCCAUUGAACUUCUUUCCUCUUUUUUUUUUAAAAAUUUACAUUUCAUUAUUUUAUUAAAUAAAUUAAUUAAAAUAAACAAGGGUGACAUGGCGGCUUAAGGCCGCGAGAAAAGAUAUUGUUGUGGACUCCUUGCUGCAAAGAGAAAUGUAAAGAUUUUGUUAUUUAAUUUUUGCUUCAUCCUUGCUUUUUGUUUUUUUUUUUUGGGUGAUGAUGGCAAUUUGAAGAAGGUUGCUAUGGCUGCGCUUAGGAAUAGACAAGGAAAAAAAUAGAACGAUAAGAAACAUGGAAGAUAGUGGCACAUACGACAAGAGAAGGUUUAAUUUAAAAUUAUAUAUGAACUUUGAUGGAAUGUUGAUGGCGUAUGUUAUGUUGGAGAUUGUCAGAUGUUUUGACUAGUACCUAGCUAUUUCAAGCUAGUAUUUAAAGGUCAAUCGGGUGGACCCAUCUGACCGGGAUCUCUUAUCCGACACGAAUCGGAUUUGCCCUAAAAAAUUAUGCAACUUGACACACUAAUUCUCUAUUGAUCCAUUUGGUUUGA